AGAGGAUUAACUCGACUAAUAAUGGCGGCAGUUGGAAAAGAUAUUGAGAAACAGACUCAAGCUGAAACAUCAUCAGUUCACCGAAUUCGCAUUGUGUUGACAGCAUGUAAUGUCCGUUCAUUAGAAAAAGUCUGUACAGACUUGAUCAGUGGCGCAAAGAAACAAAAGUUGCGCGUUAAAGGACCAAUUCGUAUGCCAACAAAUACAUUGAGAAUUACAACACGUAAAACUCCAUGCGGUGAAGGUUCAAAGACAUGGGAUAGAUUCCAAAUGAGAAUCCACAAGCGUAUCAUCGAUUUACACUCCCCAUCAGAAAUCGUUCGUCAAAUUACAUCAAUCAACAUUGAACCUGGUGUACAAGUCGAAGUUACAAUUGCCGAUAAUUAA